UUAAGACUUAAGAUUGAAUCGAAGUCUUCAGGUACAUACUCAAAUUGCAAGGCCAAAGCAGAACAGCACAUCAACGUCUGCCAACAUUUUAAAGCCAAAUUUUGUUUGAGAUAAAGGGGGAGGUCUUGCUACAAAACAGCAAUAUAUGAACAGAAAUGGAGUUUGAAUGCCACUAUUCAAUCUGGGGACUUCUAGCCUUUAUGACUAUGGCUCUGAUUGUUUCAUUGGUCAUAAACAUUUCAUACUGCAUAGCAAACAAGCAAAAAGGUUACACGUACAGAGACUAUCAAGAAUAUAAUCCAAGCUAUGAUGAUGAUUAUACUGAAGAAUGCCCAGUUUAUGGCAACCUCAAUCAAGAGAUUUUAGAUGAAUGUUGCUAUGAACAAAUGAAGUCCCAGCCUCGGAGACAUGCUAAUGAAGUAAAGGUGGACGUUGAAAGUCAGAUGUGCUAUGCCUCCCUUAAUCACAGCAUCAAGGAAAAACACAGGAAGCCUAGGAAAAAGAAAGCUCCUUCGUUAGAAGUGAAUGAAGAAGAGAUGCCAUCUAAAAACAGCACCCUGGCUUCCCAAACUAGUAUUUAUCUUAACAGGGUCCAGCUAGCCACUGAAAAUAAACCAACAGAGGAAGUCAUUCAUGAUGACCCUAUCAGACUGUUUGGCUUGAUUCAUGCAACAUAGGAAGAAGACUCCUGACCCAACUGAUCACCCAAGAUAAACUAGAUCUUUCACUUGUUUAUGUUGAGGGAAAGAGACUGAAUAAAUAAUAUCCUGAAUUUGGGAGAAUAGCUUGGUAAAUGAAACACUGAUCAAUGGUAUAAAUGGGUAAGUAAUGCAUUCAAAUUGCAGGGCAUAACUGCGGACUAAUUUAGGUCAGCAGGUAGCAGGAUUUUAGACACAGACUGCUAAUUUUUAGAGCAACCCAAAGAAGAGCUGGCCACCUUCAUAUUUAUCUAUUUUGUAAAGGAGUUACAGGAGCCAAGUAUCUCUCAGAAUUUGCCCCCAAAUUAGCAAUUAUCCUGCAUACUUUAUAACAGGACUUUCUUCAUUUCAGUUAUCCAUGGAUCCCACUUCAAGGGAUCUAAAAUGGGCCACAUGGCCCUCUGCAGAAAGCUAGCAUAUUUUGCCAGUUAUUCUAUGUUGUUUCAGGAGUAGUUUGGGAAAUCAGAGGCACUUUAAGACUAGCGUAUUUAAUAGUUAAAACUUGUUUUGCUGUUCAAUAUUUAACACUUUCCUACUGUGACCUGCAGUAAUAUUUAAGGUUAAUUAGAAAAUAAUGUAACUGCUUCAGUUCAUUUCAUUAGUGCUUUGUACAUCCAAGUUUAAUGAUAUCCCUUAUAUACUCUUAGCUUCCUAUGGUGAACAGUACCAGAAUCUCAAAUUUCUACUUUUGUACCAAUAACAUUUUAUCUGUCUGUAUUCAACAGCCUAUAAAAGAAAGUGGAAAAUGAUCUGUAAAAAUAAGCCUCCUGAGGAAGACAGAAUGAUUUCUACUGGGUUUUACAUUGUCACUUUAAAAACUAUUUUAGGAAGACUGAGGAAUAAGACUUUUCCUAACAAUUCAGUAACUGUAUGCAUACGUCAUACUUAAAACUUACAGCACAAUUUUAGUUUGAAAGCUCUUUGGGUGCAAAGACUAAUUUUAUGUAUGGCACGUUUUGCAUGCUUUGUUAAUAGUAGCAAACAAUAACAUACCACUGCUAUAAUGCUGCUGCAUCUGGGUGCCAAGGCAAAGGGGUAGAUUUUUCCCAUAUGAAAAGCAUAAUGGGCUCUGGUACCAUAGAAAAGCAGAAAGAAUUUGAUCACUCAAGGUCCCAUUUAAAAACAACACACAAAUUAACUUGCUUUCCUAUAAACUAUUUAAUUCUAAGUGAGAUGCAGACAAUUAAUGUUACAGAGGCAGAAAUAAUGCUAGUAGAGAAUCAAUAGAAAAUACAUGAAGCAUUAUAAAACAAUUCCUCAGGCUAAUGUCUCCCUGCCCCCCCCCCCCCCAAAGAGAGAAAUCUGAACCUAAACACAGGGACAACAGAACAAGAAAUGCUAUCUUAAUCUGGUCACUUUAUUUACCAUAGUCAAGUGAGAUUGAAUCAAAGUAAACACUGAGCCUUAUAUCAACAAGUUCUUGACCCCACGAGCCAAAAAAAGUUUUGAACAGCAUCUCUGUUAAUGGUAGGGUGACCAGAUAUCCUGA